AUGCAGGCCGAACCGGAUACUGCGGAAAGCGCGGCUGCGCGCGCGAUUAUCUCGCGCGUAUAGUCUCGAAAGCUCGCGAGUCCAUCGCUGCUGAGCGAGCACAAUAGCCCGGCGAGCUGUGGCUACACUCGACACCUAUGCGUCGCGAGCGUUUACGUAACGGCGAUCGGCCGACUAAUCGAACGAUCGGGUCCACCGUUGCCAAGGUACGCCACACGAGACGCGGAAGUGCGCGAAGAUCGAUUCCGUUGGCUCGGGAGUCGGCGGACUCGAAUAGGCAUCGCGGAGCCCGCGCUGUCCGUCAACCAGCAGGGCGAGAGAUCUUGCAAGGGGAUAGCGCGACGACGGUUCUGGAGAACUGCGUUUCAAUUUUUUCCGCCACGUCAUGGUGCGCGUUCGUUGUUUGCGCUUACAAAGGCCACGACGGUCGCUACGCGCGCGAUUAGCGCAAUCGGCAACGCGACGGCAUUGAAAUCACAGGACGAAGCUGCUCGAGUACCUCGGCCAAGCAAGAACGAGUAGUGCGGCGUGGCGUUCGUGGAUGAAAUCCCGUUCGAUUCGAGCCUGGCAAUCGGCAGAGUCGGCGAAAAGCCGGAGCAAACGACCAAAGCGCGCAAGCGGCUGCCCGUGCUCGUCACUUUUUCUUCCACGAGCGCUGCUGGCAAAAAAUCAUCCCCGCGAGCGCGGAUCCAGCCUUGCGGUUCGCCUCCCGUUGCGGGCAAACGACGAGUCCGCUUUGUCGUUGGCGCGCGCACACCUUUCCACUGUGCGGCUCGCAACCGAGCUGACGCUAUAUAUCGACGAGCGAGGCGCGGAAGGCAAGAUGGCGAAUAUAUAAGUGAGACGCGGCCGCACGUAAGACCGUCACUCGCGCUUGAGUUGUUAAUAAAGCGUCUAGUAAGGCAAUAUCCAAUUAGUGUGUUUUGCCGUUGCGCUUCGCCUUCCUCCGACUAUUCGAUCGCAAAAUUAAGUUAUUGCUACUAUAGUUUGUUUGCUAGCGCGAAAGGCUGAACGGCAAUAUGCCGUGACGAAUUGUGUUUUUAUUGCCAUUGCAAUGCUUUGACAACAGUCGUAUCGAACAAUUCCGAACCAAGUGCCAUUUAAAAUCAAGUCUCGCACGCUCGAAAUUGGCUGAUGAAUUUGCUUACGGAAUCUUAAAAAAGUCACCAUGGAGGAAAGUACCAAUGCGAAUGGGAAAAGUAUGUGUUUCGCCGAAGCAAUACUCGAUACGUUGAGCAAUCAUCCGGAAACGAUUGGAAUGAUCGACGCGGAGAGCGGCGCGAAAGUGACGUUCGCCGAGAUGAAGGAGCGCAGCGUGCGCUGCGCUCUAUGGCUUCUCGGGCUGGGUGUCGGCGAGAGCGACGUGGUCGCUGUCUCGACCCCCCUGCACACGAACGACUACCUGCCCUACCUGGCCACUCUCUACAUCAACGCUGUCUUGAAUCCGUGGCCGCACGAUCCGUCCGACGCGAUCGUGGAGCAUUUCUUGGACGCGUGCAGACCGAAGGUGAUAUUCGCCAGCAAGGAGUCGGUGGAGCGGCUGGCCGCCGCGGCUCGACGCCGCGGAGUGUCGUGUCGCUUCGCGCUCAUGGACGGCGAGCACGCGGACUACCCGAGCCUGGACGACAUCGCGUCGGGACAGGAGUCGGCGGGGGGCCAGGCCGAAGCGGCGAGCGGCUUCAGGUGCCGAGUGCCGUCGGAGCCGCGGAGGAAGGUAAGCGCCAUAUACCUGUCGUCGGGCACCACCGGGACGCCGAAGGCGAUUCUGCUGUCCUACCACUGCCUCGCGAGGCGCUACUCGGAGGAGUACGGCAUGGGCGUCGGCAUGAAUUGCCUCUGGUACGCGUCCCUCCAGCUGAACGUGUGCCGCUCGCUGAUAUCCAGCGCCAUCCUGCUGCGCUGCACGCGCGUCCUGAGUCGCAGCCACGGCCCCGAGGAAACCGGCAGGGUCGUCGAGAGUCACAAGGUGAACUUCGUCUACUGGACGCCGUACUACUUGACCUCGUGCUACCAGGCGCGCGUGCUGGCGCGCCGCGACUUCUCGACGGUGGCGACGAUCGCCAUCGCGGGUGCCAAGCCGGACGGCGCGCUCCUGGAGGAGUGCCGCAGACUGCUGCCCGGGACGUUCAUCAAGAACAGCUACGGCAUCACGGAGGCGGGGGGCCUGGUCGCGCAGCAGACCGAGGCGCGCAGGAGCCUGGGCUCCGUGGGCUUCGCCUGCAGCGGCGUGGAGCUGAGGGUGGUCGACCCGGACACGGGGCGCGCGCUCGGCGCCAAUCGCGAGGGCGAGCUGCACGUCAGGACGGACACCGCGAUGCUGGGCUACCUCGGCGCGCCCGACAAGACCAGGGAGACGCUGGACGAGGACGGCUGGCUGCACACCGGAGACCUCGGCUUCUACGACGAGCGCGGCGAGAUAACCGUGACGGCUCGCAUCAAGGAGAUCAUCAGGACGAGGUCGCUGCUGCUGUCGUCCUCCGAGUUCGAGGAGCCGCUGAUGCAGCACCCGGCCGUGAGCGAGUGCGCCGUCGUGGCCGUGGACCACCCCGUGGACGUCGAGAGGCCGUUCGCCUUCGUCGUGAGAGCUCGCCACGCGAGGGUCACGGCCGAGGAGCUGAUGGAGUUCUCGGCGAGCAGGGACGAGCGCUUCCGGCUGACCGCCGGCCUGGCCUUCGUCGACGAGCUGCCCUACACGGCCAGCGGCAAGAAAUGCCUCAGGAAGUUGCAGGAGAUGGCCAAAGCGUACGUUCGGCAGUGACGUCCGG